AUGACAAAGCGGAGCUUUGCCUGUCACGGGUGCCGCAAGCUCAAGAUCAAAUGCGACUUGGCCCGCCCCCGGUGUGAGUACUGUGGGGCCCGGGACAAGCCGUGUAUCUACCCCAGCGACGACGAGCCCCUGCCACCCCCCUCGGAGCUGCUGCUGGUAAAGUCGGUGUCCCACCUGCCCCAGCCGCAAUUGGUGGUGCUGUCGCUCAAUGCCCCCUCCCGCCAGACGGGUCUUUCCCUCCAGGAACAGGAGCUCCUCAACUUCUUAUUGUACCGCAUCGAGGUCCACUACGCCCCGCAGCGAGAUACUGAGCCCAUCUGCGCCGUGUUCUCCUACCAAUUCCCCGCGUUGUUUAUGGAAUCGCCCAUGACCCGUAAAGUGUCAUUGGCCUACGGUCAAAUGCGGCUAUUGGGGUGCUACCCCGACCGCCUCGACCGCUUGCUUAGCCAUGACGGCGCCAUCGUCGAACGCGACGUGUUGAGUAUUGUCGAAGGGUUCCUGGCAACGUUAUCGUACGUACAACAGCUGGUGGACGAAGUGGCCACCCUCGACUGGAGCCACGCCGCCACCACACUGAGGGUGCUCGAACUUGCAGUGAGCAACUUGUACGUGUUUGAAUUCUUGACAGUACACCCUCAUCGCCUCGUGCCAUUAGUACUGUUCACGGGAGAAUUGGAUUAUAUGAGUUUCAUUAAAGGUGUGCGUGAAUUCUUCGCCACGUUUGCUCCUGUACUUAUGAACACUCGCAUGGCCCUGUUCUACCGUCCCCCAGUGCUCGCAAACACCCCCAUCAUACAUCCGUGGUGUGCCCUGCUACUAGAGGAUAUCCGGGUGGGCGAGCCCGAUGCUGGCGUCCGCGACCUCCUCGGGCGGGUAGUACUGAUGAUGCUGGCGAUAGUGGCCACGGCGCAGGCGAUGAAUUCGCUGAUCCCCUUGUACCAAUGGGUAAUGAUCCAGUCGCUGGGCGGGUUCAUGAAGUUGGUGUACGCCAAGCACAUGUUGGCCCUCAGGGUGCUCUACACCUACGCCUGCUACGCAUUUGAGUACCGCAUGUACGUGCUGGCAUACGCCAACAUCUGGUACGAGUACAUCGAGUGGUUUCACCAAUACAACCUCGACACCUUCGGCUCCUGGGUGUACCCUGACGACGAGUCCAAGCUCAACACCGUGCGAAUCUGGCAGGCCCAGUUCCCCACCACCACAUAA